AUCGGGACUGGAAGAUACUCCUCGUCCGGCCAUUCUCACUUUCUCAGUGCAGAACCAUCCGCCUCCACCUCCACCUAAGCCAUCGCCAUCCCCAUCCGCCGCCGCCGCCGCUCAUCGUCCUCCACCUAGCCAGUGUCCGGCCUCCGCCACUCCUCCUCCUCCUCCACCUAGCCAUUCUCCGACCUCUGCCUCCGCCACUCCUCCUCCCCCACCUCGCCGAUGCCCCGCCUCCGUCGCUUCUCCACCAUGCCGAUGCUCCACCUCCUCCGCCGCAGCUCCUCCUCCACCUCCACCUCGCCGCCCUUGCGUUCCUGGUCUCCCCACGCCGCCUUUGCCGCCGCCACGGAGCGUGUCCGUGCCGGGGCGCUCAGCCCUGAAGACGCGCACCACCUGUUCGACGAAUUGCUACGGCAGGCCACCCCGGUCCCCGAGCGCUCCCUCAACGGCUUCCUUGCCGCCCUCGCCCGUGCGCCCGCCUCGGCCGCCUGCAUUAGAGAUGGCCCCGCCCUUGCCGUCGCUCUCUUCAACCGCGUGUGCCGAGAAGAAACCGGCCUGCAGGUGGCAGCGCCCACAGUUUGCACCUACAACAUCCUCAUGGGCUGCUGCUGCCGCGCACAUCGCCCGGACCUAGGGCUUGCCUUCUUUGGUCGUCUCCUCAGGACAGGCCUGAAGACAGAACAGAUCACUGCCAACACCUUCCUCAAGUGCCUCUGCUACGCCAAACGGACGGAAGAGGCUGUGAACGUGCUGCUUCAUGGGAUGUCCGAGCUCGGCUGUGUGCCGGAUGCAAUCUCAUACUCCAUUGUUCUGAAGAGCUUAUGCGAGAAUAGCAUGAGUCAGCGGGCACUCGACCUGCUCCACAGCGGGCACUCGACCUGCUCUUUCAGUGUGGUGGCAUAUAGCACAGUCAUCCAUGGCUUUUUUAAAGAAGGCAUAACAGGCAAGGCAUGCAAUCUAUUCCAUGAAAUGAUACAUCAAGGGGUUGAUCCUGAUGUGGUGACGUACAACUCGAUCAUUAAUGCAUUGUGCAAGGCCAGAGCAAUGGACAAGGCAGAGCUAGUCCUUCGGCAGAUGGUCGAUAAAGGUGUUCAGCCCAAUACAGUGACUUAUAAUUGCAUGAUUCAUGGAUAUUCCACGUCAGGGCGGUUGAAAGAGGCUGUUAAAAUGUUGACAGAAAUGACAAGCCGUGGUCUUAUACCAGAUAUUGUUACUUACAAUUCGUUGAUGACUUCCCUUUGCAAGCAUCGAAGAAGCAAAGAAGCGGCAGAAAUAUUUUAUUCCAUGACUGCCAAGGGCCACAAACCGAAUGCUGCCUCGUACCGUAUUUUGCUUAAUGGGUAUGCCACUGAGGGAUGCUUUGCUGAUAUGAUUGAUCUCUUCAACUCAAUGGAAAACAAUGGUUUUGUAGCCGACUGCCAUGUUUUCACCAUAUUAAUUGAUGCAUAUGCUAAACGUGGAAUGAUGGAUGAAGCUAUGCUCAUAUUUACUGAAAUGCGGGAAAAAGGAGUGAGUCCCGAUGUAUUCACCUAUUACACUGUAAUAGCCGCACUUUGCAGAUUGGGUAGGCUGGCCGAUGCUAUGGACAGGUUCAAUGAGAUGACUGAUAUGGGUGUUCAGCCGAACACAGUUGUUUAUCACUCCCUAAUUCAGGGUUUUUGUAUGCUUGGUGAUUUGGUUAAAGCUAAGGAGUUGGUGUCUGAAAUGAUGAACAAAGGUAUUCCUCGUCCUGACAUUGCGUUCUUCAGUUCAAUAAUAAACAGUCUAUGCAAAGAAGGAAGAGUUAUGGAUGCACAAGAUAUCUUUGAAUUGGUUAUAAGCAUAGAUGAGAGACCUGACGUCAUUACAUUUAACUCACUGAUUGAUGGAUAUGGCUUAAUUGGCCAGAUGGAUAAAGCAUUUGGAGUGCUUGAUGCCAUGGUAUCAGCUGGCAUUGAGCCUAAUGUUGUUACGUAUAGUUCACUUCUUGAUGGCUAUUGUAGAAAUGGAAGGAUCGAUGAUGCUUUGAUUCUAUUCAGAGAAAUGCCGCGCAAGAGAAUUAAACCUAACACUGUUACAUAUGGCAUCAUACUGCAUGGGUUGUUCCGUGCUGGGAGAACUGUUGCUGCAAGGAAAAUGUUCGAUGAGAUGAUCGAAGGGGGUAUACCAGUGAGCAUUUCCAUAUACAAUAUAAUACUUGGAGGUCUUUGUAGAAAUAAUUGUGCAGACGAAGCAAACACACUAUUUCAGAAAUUAGGAGCAAUGAAUGUCAAGUUCGAUAUUAUAACACUCAAUACCAUGAUUAAUGCAAUGUUCAAGGUUCGGAGAAGAGAAGAAGCUAAUGAUUUGUUUGCUGCAAUAUCAGCCAGUGGGUUGGUGCCUAAUGCUUCUACUUACGGCAUAAUGAUAGAAAAUAUUCUAAAAGAAGGAUCAGUGGAAGAAGUUGACAAUAUGUUUUCAUCAAUGGAGAAGAGUGGUUGUGCUCCCAGCUCUCGUCUUAUAAAUUGUAUCAUCAGAAUGUUGUUGGAAAAAGGUGAGAUUGCCAGGGCCGGGAAUUAUUUAUCUAAAGUUGAUGGGAAGAUCAUCUCACUUGAAGCUUCAACUACUUCUUUGUUGUUGUCUCUCUUUUCAAGGGAAGGGAAAUAUCGGGAAAACAUUGAAUUGCUUCCUGCAAAGUAUCAAUUUUUCAUUGGAUUUGGUUGAUUAGUUGAUGCAUUGUCUAUGUGGCUAACUCAGCAUUGUUGAACCUUUUGCUUUCCACAAGGCCCUCCUGCCAGUAAAAGAUAUCCAGAUUGCCUGCUUGCAGAAAGUAGAUCUGUCACUAUUUCAUUGAGUUCAUUCUGCGGUGUGUCAAAACCACAAGAAUUUGAAAUGACUAUGGAACUUUUGAUCUUUGAUGGGUGAGGAAAGUUAGACCAAGUAGUCAUGAAUGGUUGCAAUUUUGGGGCUAAUGGCUUCUGAUUGCGAUUAGGGAAGGUAACCACAAUGAAUACUAAUGCAAUCUUUUGUAGUAGCUUCCUGAGAUUUUGCAAUCUCUCUAAAACAGUCAUUUUCCUUUAUAUGCAUGCAAUUUUAGCCAUGUCAUUCUCAACGAUCUGCUCUGUAUGCAAGUGGAUUUACUUUUACUUUGAGAUAUUUUCUCUAUUGUCAGGGCGAAUGGGUCCUGGAAGAACGAUGUUUGAGCGGGCUGAUGCUAUGCUCAAGUAUUGGAUAUACAAGUUCAUGCCACUCUACGCUGCCAGUUACACUGGUGGAGUCUGUUGCAUACACAUAGGAGAAAUAUUUUCAGUAAGGUACGGCAAAGAAUUCACUGCUGUGACCUUUAGCUUCAGUGCGCGUGACACCAACUCCGCCUUGGGUGACAGAGGAGAGAGAAUUGAUGGAUCUGAUUGAUGAGACCGUCCUGCUCUCGUACGCGUAUGUUGUGCAUUCCUCUCCAUUUCUGCUGUCCUCAAUUCUCUGUCGCUACUGCUCUUCCAUAGUAAAUUGUUCCAAGAAUCCAAGCUGCGACCUUUACCUGUCAAUUGGUCAUCCAGUGCUCAAUGUUUUGUUGCUGAUUAAAUCACACUGAGUGGGACGAGGCACUGCUGCCAGCCUCGCAUCGAUUCGCUGUGUUUACGCCUCUCCGCUUCCGGAGCUCACAUAUAUACAAUGAGCGCCGCUGAGACGUAAACUGUGUUUUCAAGGAAUUGAGGUGGAUUGAAGGCGCAGAACUGUUCCCGAAAGAUGGAUGUGGAAGGACUCACUGCAAGUAGAACUCGCCACACGAAAAGGAAAUCUCACAGAAAGUUCUCUUUUGUGCCUUGCAAGAUCUAAUGGCCAGAAAUACUUUCAACACCUGAAUCUGACCCACUGCUUUGAAUAGAAGAAUACUGUUGAAUUCUGCAAAUUCAAUGAAGUUUGUCAGCAAUGAUGCACUCACAGAAGCGUCUCAUGGAUAACGGAGGGGUAAUCUGUCGACAGCAAGGUUUCUCUGGCCUCGUUGCUCAGAUGUCUCCUCCGAUUCAAUUCUGAGCAAGUAAUACGUGCAGAACUUCCUUUUCCAAAGGAUAAAUCCUGCUUCCUUUGCUAUCUUCGACAAAUUGAUAGCGCAGUCCAGGAAUAACAUGAGCUGCAGAUGUAUUGAGGCUGUAAAAGUGCGCCAUACUAUAUACGUCAAUGGACUCGCCAAAACCAUCACGCGGCUGCAACUGAUUGAGCAACUGAACUGCAGCCUCCCCGAGUUUCAUCCUGUGAUAUGUUCUGGAGAGAACUUCAUCCGGUGAUUAUGAAGAAGAAUCAGCAUAAGUUAAGAACAUCUGAUCGAAAUAGCCCCCCAUAGCUUCCUCGAUGACUUUACAGAUGCGAUCUGCAUACAUAUAUAGUACCUUUUUCCCAAAGGGUUGUGAUGAAUGCUAGGAUUUUACGUAGAAGGAGCAAUGAAUUGUUGUAUUCUGUACAUACGCGACUAUGCACGUUCAAUUUUCAGCAGGUAAAUUUGUAGGAUUCUCUAUACAUAAAAGGAGAAUGACACAAAGGAGUAGUGCCGGCGGCAGAAGUCAUGAAGAAAAUCCUGAGAGAAGUUCCAUUAUGAAAGUCAUGCAAAACUCUCUC